AUGGAGGCGUGUCUCGACGAGGAGCUGCCCCCCACCACAGAGCUGGAGGAGGGCCUGAGGAAUGGCGUCUAUCUGGCAAAACUGGGCAACUUCUUCGCCCCGAAAACCGUCUCCCUCAAGAAGAUCUACGACCGCGAACAGACGCGUUACAAGGCGACCGGUCUCCAUUUCAGACACACAGAUAAUGUCAUCCAGUGGCUCAACGCCAUGUCAGAGAAGGGACUGCCAAAGAUCUUCUACCCAGAAACCACAGACAUAUAUGACAGAAAGAACAUGCCACGCUGCAUCUACUGCAUACAUGCACUCAGUCUGUACUUGUUCAAGCUCGGCCUGGCCCCCCAGAUCCAGGAUCUGUAUGGAAAAGUGGAUUUCACUGAGGAGGAGAUCAACAACAUGAAGAGCGAGCUGGAAAAGUAUGGAAUCCAGAUGCCCGCCUUCAGCAAGAUUGGCGGUAUCCUGGCCAAUGAGCUCUCUGUGGAUGAAGCUGCCUUACAUGCUGCUGUGAUCGCCAUCAACGACGCCAUCGACCACGGCGUCCCAGAGGGCACGGUGGCCGCCAUGCAGAACCCCAACGCCAUGCUGGUCAACCUGGAUGCCAGUGCUGCUCGCCAGUACCACGACACACUGUACCAGGCCAAGGGAGAGAAGGUGGCCAACUCCCGCAAACGGCAAAUGGAGAACGCCGAAGCAGAGAGAGAUAUCUACGACGAGCUUCUCACCCAGGCUGAAAUCCAGGGCAACGUCAACAAGGUCAACGUGGCCACCGCCCUGAGUGCAGCCGAGCAAGCGUUGCUGAGCGGCGAUGAGGAUAAGUUAUACGAGGCACUUAAAGCCAUGGGCAUCCAGAACCUGCAGGUCCAGAACAAAGGCUGGUACCUCAAACAGCUGCAGGGUGACAGAGAGAACAAAGACCAGGUAUCUCCAGGAGAAGCCCUGACUAAAGAUGAGCUGCAGACCGGCGUGGACGUGUCUAAUGAGUUUGCAGCAGGCUACCUAAAGAUGUUGAAGGCAGUGGAGCGCAUCAACGCUGCCAUCAGGGCGGGGGUGCCAGAGAAGACGGUGGAGGAGCUGAUGAACCCUGACGCUCAGCUGCCGGAAGUCUACCCCAGCGCUGCAGACCUCUACCAGAGAGAGCUGGUCUGCCUGCAGCAGCAAAGCCCGGAGGGCUCAUUGUCCCACCCAGAACUGCUGGUUGCCGUGGAGAUGCUGUCGUCGGUGGUGCUGAUGAAUCAGGCGAUGGACGCUGGGGACCGAACCGCCCUCUGGAAACAGCUGUCCAGCGUCGUCACUGGACUCAGUAAUGUGGAGGAUGAAUAUGCACAGAGGUACAUGGAUGAACUGAUGCGUCUGAAGGCAGCAGCCAGAGAGGAGGGCUGUGACUAUCUCACCUGGAACGAUAUCCAAGCCUGCAUCGACCAAGUCAACCUCACUGUGCAUGAGGAGCAUGAACGUAUUGCCGCCAUCGGGCUGAUCAACGAGGCCCUGGAUGAGGGGGAUCCCACGAAGACCCUGUCCAUGCUGCAGAACCCCUCAGCCAAGCUCACAGAUGUGGAUCCGUCUGUGGCUCAGCACUACCACGACAAACUGCUGGAGGCCCGAAGAGAGAAGGCUCAUGAGACCCAAGACCCGUCUGCUGUGCUGUGGCUGGAUGAGAUCCAGGAUGCUGUUCUGAAGGCAAACCAGGACACCCAAGAAGCCUUACAGUUCUCUCAGUCCAUCCAGGCUGUGAAUGAGGCGGUGGACAGUGGCGACCCGGCUCAGACGCUGGCGGCACUGCGCUGCCCCGGGGCCGGACUGUACGGGGUCACCUCUGAGUGUGGGCAGACCUACCAGGACGACCUUUCCAAGAUCAAAGAGGAGAAGAAGGCAGAAGGUGAUAAUGGCAGUGAGUGGAUGAAGCACUGGGUGAAGGGAGGACACAACUACUACUAUAAUCUACAGAGAAAGGAGGGCACCUGGGUGGAGCCGGAGGGCUUCCUGCAGAACAACACCCAGCUCAACAAGGAGGACAUCCAGUCGGUGGUUUCCGGGGUAACCACUGCCUAUAAUCGCAAACAGCUGUGGCUGGCCAACGAGACUCUGAUUGCCAAGCUGCAAGCUCGUUGCCGUGGCUACCUGGUGAGGAAUGGCCAAAAGGAGAGGUUGAACUUCCUGAAAUCCCAAGAACCAGCUGUUAACUGCAUACAGGCUCACUGGAAAGGCCACAAACAGAGGAAGAAGUUCAAAGACCGUAAGCAGUAUCUGAAAGACCACACUGAUGAGGCUGUGAAGAUCCAAUCCAUGGUUCGGAUGCACCAAGCUCGUAAGAAAUACAAGGAUAGGCUGAAGUACUUCCAAGAUCACAUCAAUCAGGUGGUGAAGAUUCAGGCUUUCAUUAGAGCCAACAAGGCCAGAGACGACUAUAAGACGCUGAUCAGCGCCGAGGAUCCUCCGAUGGCGGUGGUGAGGAAGUUCGUCCACCUUCUGGACCACAGCGACCAGGACUUCCAGGAGGAGCUGGAGCUGAUGCAUCUCCGCGAGGAGGUGGUCACCAACAUCCGCUCCAACCAGCAGCUGGAGAACGACCUGAACCUGAUGGACAUCAAGAUCGGCCUGCUGGUGAAGAACAAGAUCACGCUGCAGGAGGUGGUGUCCCACAGCAAGAAGCUGACCAGGAAAAACAAGGGCCAGCUGUCAAACAUGAUGAUGAUGAACAAGCAGAGGGGGGGGCUGAAGGCCCUCAGCAAGGAGAAGAGGGUCAAACUGGAGGCCUACCAGUUCCUCUUUUAUCUGUUACAGACCAACCCCACGUAUCUCGCCAAGCUGAUCUUCCAGAUGCCACAGAAUAAGUCCACUAAGUUCAUGGACUCUGUCAUCUUCACCCUGUAUAACUACGCCUCCAACCAGAGGGAGGAGUACCUGCUGACCAAGCUCUUCAAAACUGCCCUGCAGGAGGAGAUCAAGUCAAAGGUGGACGAGAUGAAGGAGAUCAUCACAGGAAACCCGACCGUCAUCAAGAUGGUGGUGAGCUUCCAUAGAGGGGCGCGGGGACAGAACGCUCUGCGGCAGAUCCUGGCCCCCGUCGUCAAGGAGAUCAUGGAUGACAAAACGCUAAACAUAAAGACCGACCCCGUGGACAUCUACAAGAGCUGGGUGAACCAGAUGGAGACGCAGACUGGAGAGGCCAGUAAGCUGCCUUACGAUGUGACUCCAGAGCAGGCCAUGGCCCACGAGGAGGUGAGGACAAGACUGGAGGCGUCCAUCAAGAACAUGAAGACGAUCACAGACAAAUUCCUGUCGGCCAUAAUCGUCUCGGUGGAUAAAAUUCCAUACGGGAUGCGUUUCGUCUCCAAGGUGCUGAAAGACACCCUUCAUGAGAAAUUCCCUGAUGCCACUGAGGACGAGCUGCUCAAGAUUGUGGGGAACCUCUUGUAUUACCGCUACAUGAACCCAGCCAUCGUGGCCCCCGAUGCCUUCGACAUUAUCGAGGUGUCGGCGGGGGGCCAGCUGACCACUGAGCAGCGGAGAAACCUGGGCUCCGUUGCCAAGAUGCUGCAGCACGCCGCCUCCAACAAGAUGUUCCUGGGAGACAACGCCCACCUCAACCCCAUCAACGAAUAUCUCAGCAACUCCUACCAGAAGUUCAGGCGUUUCUUCCUGGCAGCUUGUGAUGUUCCCUCGCUGGAGGAUAAGUUUAAUGUGGAUCAGUACUCUGACUUGGUGACCGUCACCAAACCUGUCAUCUACAUCUCCAUCGGAGAGAUCAUCAACACUCACACUCUGCUGCUGGACCAUCAGGACGCCAUCGCUCCAGAGCAUAAUGACCCCAUCCACGAGCUGCUGGAGGACCUGGGGGAGGUUCCCACCGUAGAGUCCCUCAUCGGGGAGAAUCCUCUUCCUCCCAACGACCCCAACAAAGAGCUGAUGGGGAAGACGGAGGUGUCUCUCACCCUCACUAACAAGUUUGACCUCCCUGGUGAGGCCAAUGCAGAGAUGGACGCCCGGACUCUCCUGCUCAACACCAAGAGGCUCAUCGUGGAUGUGAUCAGGUUCCAGCCUGGGGACACUCUCACUGAGAUCCUGGACCUGUCAGCAAGCACAGAGCAGGAAGCAGAGUACCAGCGCGCCAUGCAGAGGAGGGCCAUCAGAGACGCCAAGACCCCCGAAAAGAUGAAGCAGGUGAAGCCGGUGGUGGACGACAGCCUUACGCUGCAGGGCAAGAAGGACAAGAUCAAGAGCAACCUGCAGAGGCUCGCCGAGCUGGGGAAGGUGCACCCCGAGAACCGCUACCAGGAUCUCAUCAACGACAUAGCCAAGGACAUCAGGAAUCAGAGGCGGUAUCGCCAGCGCAGGAAAGCCGAGCUGGUAAGGCUUCAGCAGACCAACACCGCCCUCAAUUCAAAGACCAACUUCUUCAAUGUCCAGAUCGAUUCCUACAAUCAGUAUAUCAAGACCUGCAUGGACAACCUGGCCAGCAAGGGCAAGGCGAAACCAGGCAACAACAAGGCCAAGAAGAGUAAACAGGUCUCACAGAAAUACACCGCCUCCCGCCUCCACGAGAAGGGCGUGCUGAUCGCCAUCGAGGAUCUGCAGCCCAACCAGUGA